AUGCCCGCCGUCCCACCCUCCCCGACCCGCUCCUCCCACUCGUCCCGCUCGUCCGUCUCUCAUGCAGGCGACACCUCGGACCACGACGACGGCGAAGUGCACUCGCUCUCGUCACAGUCAGACCACGAGCACCCGUCGCUCACUUCGACGCACGGCUACUCCAGCUCAGACGACUGGUCCGCCUCCGACGCCGAGCACGAGCAAGACGACUUUGACCUCGUCGCGAGCCGAGACUUGCGCGAGGAGCGCCGCGGAUCGAUCUCGGCGGAGUCGUCAGAGGCGGACGAGGCGGGAGAAGGAAAGAUGAGGCUCAGUUAUCCGGAUCCGAUGGCGCGCGAGAGCGACCACGACGAAGACUCGCACUCGAGUCGCUCUGAGGAGCUGCUCGGCUCGCACGAUGGCCAGCAGGGUGACUUGGCAACUUCACUCGUGGGAGGGGACUACUCCCUCUUGCUUGACGUCUCGCCUGCGUCGCCCGUCUCGAGCCCAUCGACAUCGGCGUCGUCUUUCGUCCCUCCCACCCCGCCGCUCUCGCCAGCACCGUCGCAGCACUCCUCCUCGACUUCCGCAGCCCUGCACGCCUGGCUUCGCUCGACCUCCUCGCGCUCCUCUUCCUCCGCCUCUUCGACUAUCGACGCCCAGGCGCACCCGCACCCCGUCCUGCGCAAGAUGUCUUCCGAGGAGAAGACCGACCAAGCAGUGCAGGCGUCUCUGGGCGAGGAGGAGAAGAGUGUGGUGCUGGAGUCGAUGGGGAGCAGUGCGGCGACUGUGGUGCCUGCGUCGAGCGUGGUCACGAAGUCCGGAGCGAGCAUUGGGGAGGAGAAGCGGGUUGUCGAAGAGCGAAAGGAGGAGGCUUCGGCGACGAUGCCGGCAAAGGAGGCCGCCUCUAUGCUCGACGCGCCUCUCAAGCCGACCAAGACGACGGAACUUGCCACGUCGCGCACCUGCUCGUCCGCCCGUCCGUCCCGCGCCGACGCUCCUCCCGACUUCACCUGGACGCUCGGGGCGAUCCUCGCCUUGUGCGUCGGGCUGUGGGUGGCUGGCUCGCGACUUUCGAGUGGGAAGGAGCUCGCGGCGUCAACCGCGGCGGUCUCGUCGUCAUCAUUGGCAAGCCAGGUCAAGGUCGUCUCGCACAUCGACGUCCCGGCACCAGCCACCUCGACCAUCGACCUCACGACCGAAGCCGUCGCCUCGCCUGCUACCCCUUCCAUCGCGCGCACGACCGAACCAGUCGCCGCCUCGUCCUCCUCGCCCGCCUCUAGUCCGCUCAGCACCAAGUCCUGGACUUCGUUCCUCGGUCUCGGGUCGGCGCCCGUUCGGUCGGCGCUUCCUGCGGCGCCGGAGGUUGUGCGAGAUGAGGCAGGUGUAACGAGCGAGGCUGGCUUUGGCGCGUCGGAGGUUAAGGACCUGGAGGCGAGCGAGUCGUCUCCGACUGGCAGCGACGGAUCUUCCGUCUACGAGCGCGACGAGGCUGACCAGGACGCCAAAGCCGACUCGACCUCGCCCUUCCUCGUCGACGCGCCCGAAGAAGCAUUCAAGGACUUCUUCUCGACCUCGCACAUGAAGGAGCUGCACGAGUGGUUUGUCGCGGCGGGCCAGCGAUCGUCGCGCCGGUUCCAGCAGGACGCGCAGGAGGUCCUCGCGCACUUGGCAAAGUUGCGUGUCUCGGCGGAGAUCGAGCGACCGCCGUCCAACCCGCCUUCGAUGCAGCACGACUUCCCUUCGAUUCUCACUUCGCUCCGACUGCCCGGCUUCGACUACGCUCUCGACAUCGACCGCGUCCGCUCCCGCUUCGCCGACUUCUCCGCCCACUCCGCCUCGCAUGCCGACCAAGUCCUCCGCCGCGCCGCCCGCUCGCUCGACCGCCUCUCCUCCACAACCGCGCUUUCGCUCUCGCACCUCUCGCACUCGCUCUCGCCCGUCCUCGACUCCACCGUCGACCGCCUCAAAGCCGGCACUCGCUUCUCCGAGUCGAAGAUCAAGCGCGCGGCAUGGACGGCGCAGAUCCUUGAGCGGAGGGUCAAGUGGAUGGUGCAGGGCGGGGCCGAGGAGGAGUAUCCGAAGUUGUGUGGAUGCCCUUUCGCUUGA